UAGCAGGAGGACAACGAGGAUCUUUAUGGAAAACUGGGGCAAUCGUUUGGGAUUCCCUAUGAAAACUUCAGCAAUGAGGUCAUGCCCCUACGGCGGUACAAGGGCGCAAGUUAUCCAGAGCAAGGGCGGAGAUCUCAAUGUCCUUGUUACUCCACAUGGUUUUGGGAUUCUCCUCCGGCCCUCCGGUGAGGAGUUCCUGGGUCCGGGAAUGGCUGCGACAGCGCUGGGGUUGGGGUUAAGGAUAAUCCCACUCCUUGCCCAGUGGACGGGCAGUGGCCCAUGCCCCUACUGUGGACAAGAGGACUGCGAAGGCACCAACUGGCAGACGAGUCCCAGGCGGGAGCGACAACCCCCGGAGAGCUCCCUCCCGGAUGGAGAUGCCUCACGUGUGGCCUGUGGGUCUUGUCCCGCGAGCCGUCUCAGGACUGGCUCCGCCAAAGAAAACCCCGCCCACAACCCUUUCGAUCUCGUCAGCGAUUGGACCGGGACUGUCCCGCAGGCAUUUUUGGUUGCUAGGCUCGGGAGGUGGGGUCCUAGGUUGCGCGUGCGCAGAUUGAGAACGAAGAUGCUUUCCGGUCGGGCGGGAGGAGGUGACGUCAGGAGCGGUGGCGGGUGGGGGCCUCCUGUAGCCCUGGGGACGUUGUAUCUGUGGGCCCUUGGUCCGCGUCACAAGUCAGCGACUGAGCCUUGGCAGUGGUGGCCGAGGCGGCGAAGGUGGCAGCGGCGGCGACAGCUCUGGGGUUUGCGUCUCGGGGUGUGUCGGCCGCCGCUGCUGCUUGGGCCUGGUAUGUACAAAUGGCUGGUUAGGAUUCUCGGCACCAUUUUCCGUUUCUGUGACCGUCCGGUGCCCCCUGCCCGGGCCCUCCUGAAGAGGCGGCGCUCGAACAGCCCUCUGUUGUCUGCAGUGGAUACUGAUGAAAUACCAGCCAAAAGACCAAGAUUAGAUUGUUUUAUUCGCCAAGUGAAAACCAGUCUCUACAAUGCUGCCAGCUUAUUUGGAUUCCCAUUCCAGCUGACCACUAAGCCCAUGGUAACUUCUGCUUGUAAUGGAACACGGAAUGUGGCCCCUUCAGGAGAGGUAUUUCCGAACUCUUCAUCUUGUGAACUGACAGGUUCUGGAUCCUGGAACAACAUGCUGAAACUGGGUAAUAAAUCUCCUAAUGGAAUAAGUGACUAUCCAAAGAUCAGAGUGACAGUAACUCGAGAUCAGCCUCGCAGAGUCCUGCCUUCUUUUGGUUUUACUUUGAACUCAGAAGGCUAUAAUAGAAGACCAGGUGGGCGUCGCCAUAGCAAAAGCAAUCCAGAAAGUUCCUUAACGUGGAAACCUCAGGAACAGGUUGGAACAGAGAUGAUUUCUGAAGAGGGUGGCAAGGGUCUGAGGCGUCCCCAUUGUACUGUGGAGGAGGGUGUUCAAAAAGAGGAAAGAGAGAAGUACCGAAGGUUGUUGGAGCGACUUAAAGAAAGCGGUCAUGGAAACUCUGUUCCUCCUGCAACUUCAGCUCAUCAUAGUUCUCAAAGAAGUCACAUGGACACAUUAAAGACCAAAGGCUGGGGGGACGAACAAAGUCACGGAGUCAAAACAACUCAGUUUGUUCCAAAACCAUAUAGAGUUGUUGAAACAAGGGGACCUCUGUGUUCUGUGAGAAGUGAAAAGAGGUGUUCAAAGGGGAAAAUUUCUGAUAUAGAGAAGACAGCUGGAAUCAGACUUGAAAAUGAAGGUAGGAGAGGACACCAGCUGGAACCUGACCUAUCUGAAGAAGUGUCAGCCCGACUCCGCCUAGGCAGUGGAAGCAAUGGCUUACUCAGGAGGAAAAUGUCAAUACUUGAGACUAAAGAAAAAAAUUGCUCAGGCAAAGAGAGGGAUAAAAGGACGGAUGAUCUUCUUGAACUUACAGAGGACAUGGAAAAGGAAAUCGGUAAUGCCCUAGGCCAUGGCCCACAGGAUGAGAUCCUAAGUAGUGCUUUCAAACUGCGAAUCACUCGAGGAGAUAUCCAGACCUUGAAGAACUAUCACUGGCUCAAUGAUGAAGUCAUUAAUUUUUACAUGAAUCUUCUAGUAGAAAGAAAUAAAAAACAAGGGUAUCCCGCACUUCAUGCAUUCAGUACUUUCUUCUAUCCCAAAUUAAAGUCUGGGGGCUACCAAGCAGUGAAAAGAUGGACCAAAGGGGUCAAUCUCUUUGAACAGGAACUUAUUCUGGUGCCUAUUCAUCGGAAGGUACACUGGAGCCUGGUGGUGAUAGACCUAAGAAAAAAGUGUCUUAAAUAUCUGGAUUCUAUGGGACAAAAGGGUCACAGGAUCUGUGAGAUUCUCCUUCAGUAUUUACAGGAUGAAAGUAAGACCAAAAGAAAUAUCGAUCUGAAUCUUUUAGAGUGGACCCACUACAGCAUGAAGCCACAUGAGAUUCCUCAGCAGUUGAAUGGGAGUGAUUGUGGAAUGUUUACUUGUAAAUAUGCAGAUUAUAUCUCUAGGGACAAACCUAUCACAUUUACUCAGCACCAGAUGCCUCUCUUCCGGAAGAAGAUGGUGUGGGAAAUCCUUCAUCAGCAGUUGCUGUGAGAAUGCCCUGCCCAGUCCCUCUAGCUGCUGGUGGUUCUUUCACAGACGGACGUUUCCAUAUACCUCAUGCAUUGUGGGUUAAGAAGUCCCCGCAUCACCUCUAUUCUCCCACAGGUACUGAGCUGCCAGAAGUGCACGAAGGCCUCUCGCUGCACCCUAGUCCUGAGUCCCGAUAUGGUGUGCGGAGGGCUGCUUGCAACCCUGUCUGUAAGGCUGUGCCUGCUCAGAGCCCUGGACUAUUCAACCCACACAAGAACAAACGCUAAUUAAUACUUUUGUUUUUUAAGUUUUUUUUCCCUAUGAAUGUGGGAAAUGCAGGAUUUAUUCUAUGAUUUGUUGUUUUUGUGUGUUUGUUCACGAGUAUUCAUUCGCUCACUCAUUUGCAAACAUAAUGGGCAGUGGCUGUUUUCUGCUGCUCUUUUACAGUUAACUCUAAAUUACUUUGAACUAUUUAUUUCUGAAAGGAAUGUUAAUCAAGCUGCCACUCCCUGCUGAAGAUCAGGAGGGAAAUCAGUGUGGGGAGGAAGGAAGUGUUAAUUAACUUCUCUAACGCUGGAGCAGUAACUGCCAACUUGAAGCCGGAGGUCUUUAUUUUUUGAGGCUUGAAAAUGCCAGGAGAAGCGCUGUGGUGUAGGGCUCUGCCUUUCAGAGGAAGUCUGACACUGCAGCACUGGCACUGUGUUGUGGAAAAGUGGAACUGUGGCCAAGGAACUCUGGCCAUCCAAGCGUCUUCAGAACAGUGUCGUGGUCAUCCUAAAGAGACUUCCCUUUCUGGAAAUGAGGUGACUUGGCUACUCUUGAAACUGGAUUUGAAGUAACUGUAAACCCUCAGUCUGCAUUUUCAUCCCGGAUCUGGUUGAGUAUAAACCUCAGAAUUGUAAGGGCUGGCCUGAGCUGUUUAUUUCAAAAGAUACUAUUCAAUUUAAAGCUAUUUUUCCUCAGAGUUUUUUUUCUAUAUAUAAAGCUGAAAUUAAUUUUGUAUUCAUUAGGAUUUACAUCCCCCCAUUCCACCCCUGCUGAAAUUUGUGGAAGAAAAUUUAGUACUUGGCUCUGAGGUCGCCAGUUAUACAAUAAUCUAUUUUGCAUAUGAAAGUUUGUAUUUAACUUUUUUGUUCAUUGAAACCUUACAGUGGUUACACAUUUUUAAUUUCAGAAAGUUUAGAGUUGGUCAGAACAUAUUUUGCAAGAUCUAGUUCCUAGUGUUGCUUUUCCGAUGUAAUAAAAGGUUGUCUGGCAGAACCUGAAAA